UCCCCUAACGCCUUAGCAGUGCAGUCCUCCUUACUGGAGGAACUUUCGUGCUGAGGAAAGUUUGCAGGGGGAACUUCCGGUGCCGAUGACUACGCGUGGGCGGAGUUUCCGUUGGAGAAGAGAAGAGGUCCACUGCAGUCUUUCGCGGUAACGUGAGGUGUCGGUCCCUGGCAGCGGCAGCAUGAAGCCCAGACCCUCGGUUUUCGUAGACAAGAAACUGAAGGAACGGAUCAUUCAGUACCUCAGUAGUAAUAGAUGUGGCAAAUAUGUGGACAUUGGAAUCUUAGCAUCCGACUUGCAAACAAAAUACAGUGUAGAUUAUGGUCGAAGAAAAAGAAAUGCUUUUAGGAUUCAGGUAGAUAAAGUAUUUAGCAUAAUUAGUAGUGAGAAACAACUUAAGAAUCUCAAAGAUUUAGAAGAUGGACAUCUGGCAAAAAGAGCAAGACAAGCUGAAGAGGACGAGUACACUGAAAGCUCUUCUGAUGAUGAUUCAAACAUGGAAGAUUACCCAGAUCCACAGUCAGCAAAUCACAUGAACAGUUCCCUGCUCUCUUUGUAUCGGAAAGGAAACUCUGAUUCUGUUUCAACGUCUCCGAAGUUGGAACAGAGAGAAGCCGCCACUUCAACACCAUUGCUGACUUCUAAAACGGACUCCAUGCCAUUGAAGACUCCUGCCCGAGAAUCUGAGGGAGGAUGGUUUAUUGACAAAACCCCAGGUGGAAAGAAAGAAAGUCUUCCCUUGGACCUAUCAGAUGACCAAAGCCAGUAUAAAAAGCAGGAUGCUGAGAUUCAGAAUUUAAAAGACUCUUCUCUUCUGGAAAGUGAUAAGAAAAGGAAAGGUAGGACAAAGAACAAAGGAAACAAAAGAAAGACAGAGGAUCUUGAAGAAGUAGAUGGAGAAAUCGAAGCUGUUCUGCAAAAGAAGGCUAAAGCAAGGAGUACAGAGUUGCAGAUUUCCAAUGUGAAGUUUGAAGAUGUUGGAGGCAAUGAUGCAACAUUAAAAGAAGUCUGCAAGAUGCUCAUACACAUGCGUCACCCAGAGGUAUACCAGCACCUUGGUGUCGUGCCUCCUCGUGGUGUUCUCCUGCAUGGGCCACCAGGCUGUGGGAAGACAUUACUUGCACAUGCAAUAGCUGGGGAACUUGACUUGCCGAUUCUGAAAGUGGCUGCUCCAGAGAUUGUGUCAGGAGUUUCUGGAGAGUCUGAGCAAAAGCUCAGAGAUUUAUUUGACCAGGCUGUGUCAAAUGCACCAUGUAUUGUUUUCAUUGAUGAAAUUGAUGCAAUUACCCCCAAAAGAGAAGUUGCUUCAAAAGAUAUGGAACGAAGGAUUGUAGCCCAGCUUCUAACCUGCAUGGAUGAUCUAAAUAACAUGGCAACUACAGCUCGGGUCCUAGUUGUUGGAGCUACUAACCGGCCAGACUCAUUGGAUCCUGCUUUGAGACGUGCAGGAAGGUUUGACCGAGAAAUCUGCUUGGGUAUCCCAGAUGAGGUAUCCAGAGAAAGAAUUCUUCAAACGUUAUGCAGAAACCUGAGGCUUCCGGAAACUUUCGAUUUUUGUCACUUAGCACACCUAACGCCAGGCUUUGUUGGUGCUGAUCUGAUGGCUCUGUGCCGUGAGGCGGCCAUGUGUGCCGUCAAUAGGGUCUUGAUGAAACAACAGGAGCGGCAGAAGAAAAAACCUGAGAUUGAAGGUUUGCCCUCUGAAGGGGAUCAGGAGGAAAGGCUGGUUGCUGAGCCCGGUUCUAAAACACAGGAUGAAUUGCAAAGGCUGUUGUUGUUGCUAAGAAACCAAGAUACCCUCUCAGAGGAACAGAUGCAAGGACUGUGCAUUGAAUUAAAUGACUUCAUUGUUGCUCUAGCAGAAGUCCAGCCUUCUGCCAAAAGGGAAGGCUUUGUAACUGUCCCUAAUGUGACAUGGGCUGAUAUCGGUGCCCUGGAAGAUAUUAGAGAUGAGCUUAUAAUGGCAAUAUUGGCACCUGUUCACAACCCAGACCAGUUCAGAACUCUUGGCUUGGGGACUCCAGCUGGCAUCCUUCUAGCUGGUCCUCCUGGAUGUGGAAAAACUCUGCUAGCAAAGGCUGUGGCAAAUGAGUCUGGAUUAAAUUUUAUAUCUGUCAAAGGCCCCGAAUUAUUGAAUAUGUAUGUUGGUGAAAGUGAACGUGCUGUGCGACAGGUUUUUCAGCGAGCCAAGAAUUCGGCACCCUGUGUGAUAUUUUUUGAUGAAGUAGAUGCUUUAUGUCCUCGGAGAUCAGACCGAGAAACAGGUGCUAGUGUUCGUGUGGUGAAUCAGCUGCUUACAGAGAUGGAUGGUUUAGAAACACGUCAGCAAGUUUUUAUUUUGGCGGCCACUAAUAGACCAGAUAUCAUUGACCCUGCCAUUCUGCGUCCAGGCCGGCUAGACAAAACACUCUUUGUGGGUUUGCCACCCCCAGCAGACCGUGUUGCCAUAUUAAAGACCAUUACAAAAAAUGGCACCAAACCUCCACUGGAUGAAGAUGUAAAUUUGGAAACAAUUGCUAAUGACCUUCGUUGUAAUUGCUAUACGGGUGCAGACCUUUCUGCUUUGGUACGAGAAGCUUCUCUCUGUGCCCUGAGACAAGAAAUAACAGGACAGAAGAAUGGAAUUGCAACAGGUGAUCUUAAGGUCAGUCAUAAGCACUUUGAAGAAGCUUUCAGGAAAGUCAAACCAUCCAUAUCAAUAAAGGAUCAAAUGAUGUAUGAAGCUCUGCAGAGGUCCCUCAGUCAGUGAUGUUUGCAGUACCUGGCAUGGAGGUGUCUGGUGCGUGGAACUCAACACGAAUCACAUUCACUUUGAAGGGUCUUCUUUCAGCUUGACACAGAUGGUUUUUUUUGUUUGUUUUGUUUUUUGUUUUUUCGAGACAGGGUUUCUCUGUGUAGCCCUGGCUGUCCUGGAACUCAUUCUGUAGACCAGGCUGGCUU